GGAAACCGCGGCUCGCGUCCGCCGCGUUCCGUUGCCGGCGCUCCGCUGCUGUUGCUUCAGCCUCGGGCGCUGAGCACCACGGCCCGGGUGCAGGAUGGAGGCAAAGGCGGCCUCCACGCCGGCUACUGGCGGCGCCGGGUGCUCGGUGACGGCGGAGGAAACCGAAAAGUGGAUGGAGGAAGCGAUGCAAAUGGCCAAAGAAGCCCUAGAAAAUACUGAAGUUCCCGUUGGCUGUCUCAUGGUCUACAACAAUGAAGUUGUGGGGAAGGGACGAAAUGAAGUUAAUCAAACCAAAAACGCUACUCGACAUGCAGAAAUGGUGGCCAUCGAUCAGGCCCUGGACUGGUGCCACCAAAGUGGCAAGAGUCCUUCUGAAGUAUUUGAACACACCGUGCUGUAUGUCACUGUGGAGCCGUGUAUUAUGUGUGCAGCUGCUCUCCGCCUGAUGAAAAUUCCGCUGGUGGUAUAUGGGUGUCAGAACGAACGAUUUGGUGGUUGUGGCUCCGUUCUAAAUAUUGCCUCUGCUGAUUUACCAAAUACUGGGAGACCAUUUCAGUGCAUUCCUGGAUAUCGGGCCGAGGAAGCAGUGGAAAUGUUGAAGACCUUCUACAAACAGGAAAAUCCAAAUGCACCAAAAUCAAAAGUUCGGAAAAAGGAAUGUCAGAAACCUUGAACUUGUUCUGAGGGAAGGCUGAUGCCCCUUGACGACAUUCUUGGACUGAAAGUUGUUGACAUCAUUGAAUCAUACGUUCAUAUGUGCCCUCAACCCCUGGGAAAAUUAUCUCCUAUUAUUUGCUGUGUUCAGGGAACAAAUUAGCACUUUUUAAAAGUCUGACAGUUGUAGGCAAUGGUUAGCUUUUCCAUAAGCUUAAAGAACAUUGUAAGAAGGGGAUAAAAAUAAAGAUUGAAAUUUUAGAAAUUAGUAAGCAGUGCAUGCUCUUCCUGCCAAAAUCAUUGUGCCUGGGCCAGGAAAGUCCUGAGUUUCAGUGAAUGUGUAUCCAGACCCAGUUACCUGGCAUGUGUCCGGACUGGAGUGUGCCACACUGUGGGCACCUGCUUUCGGCCUGGCUUUUCAGAAUCGGGUCCUUCAUUCUUUGCAGCCACUGUGUCCUCCCAGGGUGUUGAGGGCCCGUGACUUUCUACACUUGAUCUUAGCCAAAAGGCCAAGAAGCCAUGAGGGCCCGUGACUUUCUUGGAAUUUGUCUAUGAGUUGUAUACAUAUAGAUUAUGAUUGUGUGUGCCUCAGAACUGAUUUCUUUUUGCUUUUAUAAAGCAGUUCGAGAAAAUGCAUACUUUUAAAAACAAGUACGUGUCAUUUUUAAAUUAUAGCAUAUUGCUAUAAUAAAACCUUACUUACGCCUUCUUUGAA